CCCUGUCCACGGUGGCACACUGUACAAGAGUGAUGAAAUCAUCUUCAAGUAGUCACUACAAAUUGGACGCAAUGGGUUCAGACAAAAGGUCCAUGUGUCGUGUUCUCGCUCAACCGACUCUUAAAUCACAGGCGUAUACAGUAUCAGCAGAGUUACUCAACCAAGCAGGUUGGCAGGGAAUAAACAGCGGCCAUCUUGGAUUGCUUUUUAACGCAAGGGAUGAGAACAACUUUGAUUUUGUCUACUUUAGACCUCAUAGUGCAGGCGGCUGUUAUCAGACAGGAUUCAUGAAAAGCGGAAACCUGAACUUUAUCGAGAGUAAAGCGUGUCCUAAAGGUCCACCCAAAGGUGGGGUCUGGUUCCAAGUGUCAGUUAAGGCUCACGAUCAAGAUGCACAGAUCUAUUUCAAUGGAGACUUGGUGACGACUAUCAAGACCCAUCAUACCCUGCAGGCUCGUGCAGGAGUUUUCACCUUCCAUGGAUACCAAAACGUGGUUCUUUUUAGAAACUUCCAAAUCGACCCUCAGCUCUACGUCUCUAAAAGAUGCGCGAGAACAGUCGAAUUUCCGGGGUAUGUCAAACUCGAUGCAGAUCACGGAAGCUGGCCGAAGGAUGGCUUUUGUCAAGUAUCGUACUUGAAUGGCUGUGGGACGGGGAACUACCAGAUAAGUGUGGACAUGUAUAACUUUAUUGGGCGAGAUGGAGUAAACUUCGGGCAUUUAGGUGUAUUUUUCAACGCUGAAGAUGGGGAAAACUAUGACUUCGUGUACUUCAGGCUGCACAGUGUUCGCAGUUGUUUUCAAACAGGUUACGUUUACAAAGCCGAACCAAAGUUUGACGGAGCCAAAAGCAGUACUUGCCCUGCCGGUCCCCCCAAGGGAGCAGAGUGGUUCAGUGUCAAGGUGACCGUAUCAACAGCCCUUCCUGCAGGGAAAGUCAAUGUAUACCUUAACGACAAUCUGGUGACGUCAUGGAAUCCCCGUUAUGUUGUCAAAAGUCAUGGAGGUGUUUUGGUUGCAAAUGGUUAUAAGAAUGUGGCGUACUUCAGGAAUUUCCGAAUCUUUUGAGAAAAAAAUUCAGAUGGUUCUCUGUUUCUAUCUCGAGGGAUUGUAGAUUUCUCGGGAAUUCAGUUCAAAU